AUGGCAACUAUCGAACGUCAACUUAGCAUCUAAAUAGUAGACGCAGAAUUUUUAGACUUCCACGUGAAUAAGUCAACUGUAGGUUUUUACUUUCACUUAGGCAAGAAAUUGCUUGAUGUGCUAGUAUUAUCAGAUUAAUCUCGUUUGAAAGUGCCUAUUAAGAAGAAUUCACCAGAGAAAUUAGUAUUAGUAGCAAAGAAUCUAGGGGAGGAUGAGGAUCGUCAUGGCUCAGUUACUUUCUUGCUUGAUAAUUACUUUGGACACGCAGCUGAUAUUCAGUUAGGCAAAUCAUAUGUUCAGUGGAUUACCCUUUUCGAUCACCCUGAUGAUGACAUUUAUGAUGGUAUUUUGCAGGAAGAUGAUGAGGAAGUACCAAGAGUACAAUUGGAGUUUAUAGUUGAAGAGAUAGAUACCUAGUAGAGAAGGGACAGAUCUUCAGAUGUCUCAACAGGCAAGUAAAUCACAAAGCCAACUGCAACUAAGAAGGAUUCCUCAGUUGGCCCAACUGCUAAAACCAGUACUGUUGGUGUUUCAUCGAAUGCCCUUACUUCAAAAGUUCAGACUUCAAUUUAGCAAAAAGCAGGCACUAACUUCAACCCUUCGACUGCUAAUAACCGCAGCAGUAGUGGCAGACCAGGCUCUGGCAAGGGAGCACCUCCAACUAAUAAUAAGCAAACCACCAAUGUGACCGCUUAUAACGGAACUAACGCCGGUAAUAACAACAAUAGCAAUCCAGCAGGCACCAGUGGCUCUAACCAAGUGCCAGCUCUUAGUAAAGCUGAGUUCAAGAAGGAAAAGGACUACUAACUAGCUUAGAUUAACCAGGAGAUCAAAAAGUACGACUUGGAGGAGAUGAAGACCGAUGUGUCAUACAAGGUUGCUAUAGUUGUGAAUAAUCUGAAGAAAAGUGAGAGAUUGCUAAUUAAUGAUGAGAAUAGAAAUAUGAGACAACUUGAUAAGGUCGAACAUAUGCAGAAAACUUUAGCUGAGGAUUUCUAGAAUGUAAAGCUAUCUUUGGAUUAAACAGACAAGUUGAAAUAAAGAGCAUAGGCUAAUUUCGAGGCAAUUGAGAAGGAAAAUCAGGAUGAAAAGAAGAAAUAUGAAUCUUAAUUAAAGCAAUUAGAAGAAACCCUUUAGAAACUUUAAAACGAUUUGGCUUAAAGUAAAAAUGAUAACCAGAAGUUGAAGCAGCAAGUGCAGUAGACACGUAAACAAGAUCAAGAAAAUCUUAGAAGUGGAUAGUCCAGCAAUCCAGAGACUGCUAGUAUUGACAAGUAGAUCAAGGAGAAUAGACAGAAACUAGGAGGCAUUGAUUAAGAAGCUUAGCAAGAAUAUUCUGGCAAAGAUAAAGCAUUACAGAAGUUUGACGACAUGGAAAAUCAGUUUGGAAAGCAAAGAUAACAAUACGAUAGACAACUCAGAGAUCAAGAUCGUGAUAGACAAGUAUUGCAGGAUAAAGUUAACACGUUAGAGGGAGAUUUGGAUGUAGCCACCUCUGAGAACUUGAAGCUUAAGUCACUGACAUUUGAUCAGGACUUCAAGGUCAACCAUUACUCUAUUUUGGUUGAACAGGCCCAAAAGAAGAUUAAAUUCUUCAACGAUAAGCAGUCCAAGCUUUCCAGAGAUCUUGAGCAAGCAAGUGGGGCUCAGGAAAAGGAACUUAGAAGACUGAAUGCUGAACUUGAUCAAGCGAAGAAAGACCUUGAGAAGAUGAGGAAGGAGGCCAUGCUGAAGCUAGAAGAACUUAGAAGACUUGAGACUGGAAACGCCAAGAUCUAAGCAGAGCAGUAUGAAAUCAAAAUUGAGGGACUUGAGAACCAACUCAGGAAUGCCGAGGUCAUCAGAAAAGAUGUGUAGUAUCAACUUGAAUUUGUAGGUACCUAGUGGGAAUGCAAACUCAGACUGUUUGUUAAGGAACAGGACGAGAGAGCAAAGUAGAGCUAGGAACAAAUUCUUAGAAUCAAGGCACUCAUGGGUGAUCUCAAGUAAAAGUCUCUUCUUGAGACUAAAUAUCACAGUCAAAGAGAGAACUUAAUGAAGCAACAACAUGAGAACGUUGAAAGAGGAGAUCUGAUCGAAAUCUACAGAAAGGAAAGCAAAGACUACGAUGAAUUGAUCAAGGAUGUGCAGAAGUAGAAGCGUGACAUUGAAAGUGAAAUAAAUAAAAUCAACUCAGCUCUUGAAGAGAGACUCAACAAGAUGAAUGAACAGCUCAAUCUUUUAGAUGUCAUAAGACGUGAAAAGAAUGACUAUAUGAAGGAGCUAGAGAGACUCCACUAUAAAGUCAAGGACUUGAACAAGCACAUCGACAAGUACAGACAGGAAAUUGCCAGACUCGAAGAGGAAAGAGACAUCUUAAGUGAAAGAGUGUCGGAGUUAGAAGCAUUAGUAGGCAAGAGAGACGAAGAGAUUCAGGAGAUGGAGAACUUACUUGCUUAGAAGGAAAGAAUCAUCGCUUAAUUGGAGGCACAACUGAAAGCUUUAAAUCAACAGCCAGUGGUAUAAAAGCCAGUUUUCACUCUGCCUAAGGGUGAUUUACUUGAUGAAAUGCUUGGCUAAUACAUUCAUCAAGCUAAUUGUCCAGUUCCUAUUAAGAAACUUGGAAAUGGUUACUAUAUCUUCGGUACAAGGAAGAUCUAUGCUAAGAUUUUGAAUGGCAAGUUAGUUAUCCGUGUUGGAGGAGGUUACAUGGUCAUCGAAGAGUUUAUCAGCACCUAUGCUGAGUAGGAGCUGAAAAAGAUGAAUAACUUGCAAGAGAAGGAAGACGAAGAAGGAGAUGUAGACUCAUUAGAUCUUACUCCAGCCUCAAGAGGAAACUCAAGACGUGCUGCAAGUGGCAAAGGCAUAAACGCCAAGAGUCCACGUUCAGGCAUGCCAAAUGAGAAAACAUUCCAAGCUGCAGUUGAUUAUGGUCUUAGUGGAACCCACAGACAAAAGAAACUUACUUAGAAAGCAAUAGAGAGAAUUCAAAAGGAUCCCAGAGCUGGAAGAGUGCUUGAACAAGUAGACACAUAAUGA